UGAAUUUCUCGAGUACGCUCCGUUGAUCGUUAUCGAUUGCUCCAAACAAAACGAGUCACUCAAACUCGGACCCGUCGAUAUUCGUCUGGAAUUCGAAGCGCAAGACAAUUUCCCUGCCGAUACAUCGGCAUUCUGCCUGAUCCUGCACGAUCGUAUAGUGGAAUACAAUCCGAUCAGUGGUGGGGUGAAGAAAUUGGUAUAAAGACGCUGUAAUCGUAGCCCCCUGUGCAGUUCAUAAAAAAUGGAAUUUAUCGUGGACGUACAAGGUUUCAAGAAACCGUCGAACGAGUUUGUCCUGAAGGAGCUAUCCGUGAUUGGAGUCGACACCAAUUUCUCCGAACCUGCAACGUUCCUGUUUCAACCGCCUUGUCCAUGGAAGCAUCUACCGGCUAAGUAUAAAAGUAUAAAUUUAUGGUUGGAGCGCAAUUUUCAUGGUAUAUCCUGGAGCGCUGGGGAGAUUGCGUACAAUCAAGCUAGAAACAUUCUUCGAGUUAUUCUGCAAAAUGCAUCUAAGAUCUAUGUAAAAGGAUUGGAGAAGAAAGUUUGGUUGGGAGCUUUCAUUGGACGAACCGAACACAUCGCGGAUCUGGGAGAUCUGGGAUGCCCUUCGCUGCAAAAUCUGCGAAAGAACUUACUCACUCGCUGUUCGCAUCAUCAUGCCUCCCAUUUCCAAUGUUCGAUGGAAAACGUUAAAUUAUUAAGGAAUUGGUUGUUGUUGGAAUGUAUUUUUUGAUUGUGAAUAAAGACAUAAGAUAUAAUAACAAGUUGUAUAUAUUUAUUUAACUAUACAUAGUAGUAUUAAGAGCACGAUUACAAACAUUGAAAUUCAAUCUAAUUAUACUGCCCACCGAGAUAGCGCAUGAGGUGUCGAUCUUCGUCGGCAGCACGCACCAUGUUUUGGAACAAAUUGUUAUCGUCUUUCAAGACUUUAGACACCCUCGCUGGUAGAAAUGUCGAGAAGCUGUUUUCAAUGUCGACGAUUACUCUCGUUCCGUAUUUUGUUUCAAUUUUCCGAAUACAACUAAUCUUGUAUUCCUUUUGAAUCUCUAAUUCCGCCAACUUUUUCGUUGGAAGAAAUGAGUCCAAACGAGCCACUUUGUUAAUUGUCGAGAAGUCCAUUGCGUUCAAUUAAUAUCGAAUUUAUUCAAAUUUAUUAGGAGAUUUUUACGACCCUUCUAGCUUCGAUCAACUGUUUGACUUCUGUGAUAAUCCUUAACAGUAACUGUACUCGAACUCACGUUGUUUCCUCUUAUGCGGUAUCAUCCAAAUUGUUGCAGCAAACUAACGAAGGUACGUUCAGCUCCUCCUUUUAUAGGAAACUCUCAAGGGUUAAAAAAUGGGGAUGGGAGGUUUCGCAGAUUUCUAGGAAUCGAAUCGCCUAUAGAGAUUCGAU